AUGAGGGCGCGCCGGCAAGUCAUAGGUGGACCUCUCAUCCAGCGCUGCGUCAUCAUACAGAAGGAUGAGAAAGGAUACGGCCUCACAGUGAGCGGUGACAACCCCGUCUUUGUGCAGUCCGUCAAAGAAGGUGGCGCUGCGGCUAAAGCUGGAGUACAAAUAGGUGAUAGAAUCAUUAAGGUUAAUGGAACUCUAGUGACAAGUUCCAACCAUUUAGAAGUCGUGCGAUUAGUGAAAGCUGCGGGCAACCAUGUCGCGUUGACGUUGCUAGGGCGACCGCCCGGCUGCAAGGCGCCACUGCCGCCCCCUGCUCAGCCGCACUACAACGGAGGCAAGAUGCCGCUGUCGCAUCUAGAGCGGCCGUCCGUGAGGCACGGCAGCUCCAGCUCCGGCUCUGGCAAGAUCACCUCGCCACUGCCCGUCAACGGCGUGACCUCGCCGACGUCCCCCGACGCGGAGACGCAGCAGCAGCAGCAGCCACAUCAGCAGUUUGGCGACGCGGCGCUGGAUCGGCUGCGCCACGGCGGCCGCGACGGCUCCGACCCGCGCCGCAACCGCAUGCGCCCGCAGUCGUCCAUCGAGAGCACGCAGAGCUCCGUCGAGUGGAAGGCAACUCACACGAGGCAGCGGUCGAGUCCGGACGUGAUAGCGAACGUCGUCGACGACAACGCGACGUCGCCGAAGCAACGCAAGCUCGACCGCGACAAGGAGCUGUUGAGAGAUGAGAUAUCUGACGUGGCCGAGUCUCCUCCCAGCACGCCUCCACCCGACUACGAUGAGAAGAUGGAUGAGUGCACUGAAGACCAACCAACUGAUAAAAAUAGCGUGUUACCACCCAAGAUACCACCCCAUCUGCACCAUCAGCAGCAGCAGCAGCAGCAGGUUCUGCAGCCGACGCUUCAGCCGUUGUCGCCGCCUGCACAGCUGCCGGGCUACGCCGACGUCUCACCACGCCAGGUGCAGGUCAUGUCGAUGGAAGACGACGACUUUUCCGCGGAGCCCGAGCCGAUUGACGACCAUGGCCCAUUCAACAAGCUGCUUACGCUGAAAACCAAACCUGCUCACUUAGCAGUCUUUCUCAACUACUUGAUAUCAAACAGCGAUCCGAACCCUUUGUUAUUCUACGUCAUCACAGAUGUGUACAUGCAGGGAACGGUGAAAGACAUGAAGCGAUGGGCCUACGAAAUCCAUUCCUCCUUCCUAGUCCCGGACGCGCCGCUGCGUGUCAACGUGGAGACGACAGUCUGUACGGACAUAGACAACACGCUCGCUAACCACUCAGACAUCGAGUCGGUGAUGCGAUCGGUGUUCAGACAGGUGCGCCACAUCGCCAACUGUGAAGUGAACGAGAUGCUCGCGGACUUCAGAACAAAGAGGGCACUAGGUCUUGGUAGUUUAUACGGAGACAGUCAUUUACAAGAGAACAUGGACAGGAGUAAAGAGUUGAAAAUUGCAGAACAAGUGUUGCUGAACCAUCUUGAACAACUAUCAGACGAUUUCGAAAACCAAGGUGAUAAAAUUGUGGCGCUAGCGUGUGCUCUCGCGACGCUGAUGCGGGCGAUCGGCUGCAAGGGGCAGAACAUCGAGAAGAUCUACGAGAAAGUGCCUCAGUUCUGCGGGCCGCACAAAUCUCGAUUCCGCUUCUCGUCAAAGUCUUCGAAGAACAAGGUACUGUAUGUGAAGGGCCACCAGUUCCAGCAGGCACACUACACGACGGUGACGAACUGUCAGGUCUGCGACCGCAUCCUGUGGGGCAUCGGCUUCCAAGGCUGGAAGUGUGACAACUGUGACUUCAACCUGCACAAACACUGCGUGGAUAACAUUCCCUACCAUGAAGACUGCGUCGGCAAGAAGGACAAGCGCAAGGACGACAGCAAGCGCAAGUCGACGAUCGUCAACAUCUUCAGGAAGCCGAGCACGCCGAACCCGUCAGCAACUCAUACUUCUGCUGCAGUUAUGCGCGCGAAAACCCUCUACGAGGAGAAGGAGCGCGAGGCGCCCAUCCAGGAGAUGCCGGGCGGCGCCACCAGGGGGCCGACGUUGCACGCGGACGCAUCCUCGCCGGAGAAGGACGACGUCGAGUCAGGUGCAGAGAAAGAGAAGCCCGCGCAGAGCUACGUGGAGAGGCUGCGGGAGCGAUUCGACAGCCAGCCGUCGAAGGAGCGAGAGGAUUCGCCGAUGGGCACCGCCGCCGGCGACGCCGGCGCCCCCGCGAGUCCAGAGGUUCGCAGGUGGGUGCGAGAGUAUCGCAAGGGUGGCGGGUAUGUGUCGUCGUGGCAUGAGGAUGGAAACCUCGAGUGUAACAUUGACGGCCUACCGUCGUUCGUUACAGAACUUUUCCACACGGAGCGCACGCACGUGAGAACCCUGAAGGUGCUGCUGCGAGUCUUCUACCGGCCGAUGCUGGAGGACAACGUCGUUCCCAACGACCUCGUUCACCUGCUCUUCCCCAACCUGGAGGAGAUGCUAGAGCUACACGGUUCCUUUAAUACUGCCAUGAAGGCAAAGAAGAAGGAGGAGCCUGUGGUCCAGGACGUAGGCGAAUUGAUGCUUUCAUUAUUCGAGGGUGAGGCUGGGGAUAAGUUCAAGAAAGCUGGUGCAACGUUUUGCAUGAACCAGUCCAUAGCCCUUGACCAACUCAAGGCCAAGAUGCGGUCCGACAAGAAAGUGGCGCAGUUCAUAGCCGAAGCCGAGAGCAACACGUUGUGCCGGAGGCUGCAGCUGAAGGAUCUGAUCCCGACGGGCAUGCAGCGUCUCACCAAGUACCCGCUGCUGCUCGACAACAUCGCCAAAUACACAGCCACAAGUCCCAGCGUGGAGUACGACCUGGUGCGCAAGGCGCAGGUGCGCUGUCGUGACAUCCUCGCCUACGUCAACCAGGCCGUGCGCGAGACGGAGAACCGCGCGCGCCUCGCAGACUUCCAGAAGCGUCUCGACCUGUCGCCGCUGCAGCGACUCGACAACCCGCUCGCGAAGGAAUUCCGCGUGAGUGUCCCCGCCGCACCGUUAUCACUCGCCCCGUGCGCAAGCAAUCGAAUGAUCACGCGCGUUGCCUCAGCACCUGCCGUGCUCAUGCAGCGCGACGACAGCAAGUACUGGCUUAAGUUCAUGAGCACGAACGUCGUGCCGGCAAGGAGACACGAAUUCAAUCACUCGCCCAUCACAAGCUGCCAAACUUCUGACGCGCAACGUCGGCCCACGGAUAAGAAAGCAUUUUUCCUAGUCAGCACAAGUCCAGCAGGACCUCAGAUCUACGAGUUGGUGGCUCAGACGUCGUCCGACAGGAAAGCCUGGGUCACAUACGUCACGGAGGCCGCCGCGGCGUCCGGCACCAACAAGCAGCGGCCCGCACCAGCGCUGCCACCUAAGGGCACACAACAGAAGCCGCUGCCGGAGGCAAAUAAGGAGGAGCCUACAAGCAAACCGGAAAGUGAGGAGGCACCAUCCGAAGAGAAGAGUGAAGCAGAGGAGGGGGCAGCGGCAGCCGAGCCAUCUAGUCAGGCCGAGGAGGGUGCGAAGCGCAAGACCAAUGUCUCAGUGCAGGACAUUGAGAACAUCGAGUACUACCAGAUCAUCGACUAUCCGCGGCUGAUCAGCCCCGCCGAGGUGCUUGUGGACGACCCGUCGUCGAGAAUGAUGAGCCGUCGUCACUGCCUACGGUAUGUCGUUACUCUACAGGCGGAGCCCCAGCUGCAGCAUCAGGACCAGCUGAUACGCGACGCGCUGAAGAAGAAGCAGCACAUCAUCGCGAAGAUUCUCAACAUCCCGGAGGAGGAGUUUGAGCACAUCGCCGAGAUGGCCGGCGAGGCGAGCGGAGAAGACAAGGAGGAGAGCGAACUAGUGCUGGCUGCAAUCGCACAAGCUGAGCUGCUCCACAAUCUGAUAAACGACAGCAUACCUGUUGAGGAGCAAGAAGUGUUUGAAGAGGGCGCCACCUCACUGACGGAUGAAGCCGUCCUGCCAGCCACCGUACCAUCCUACAAGCUGCUGUGCAUCGCCAACUCUCUCAACCAGUUCCUCCGACAGCUUCUGCCUCUACAAGGGUGUUCCAGAAAAGAGGACAAGGGAGGGGGCUCGGUCGUCGACCGCGACAAGGAGAUGGAGCGGAUGCGGGAGCAGCUGAAGAGCAUGAACGCGGCGCUGGCGCAGCACGUGCCGCGCGACAGCCGCCCCAACUCCUACGUGUCGGUGGCGUCGACCGUGUCUGAGCUCGCGGGGGUCGAGGCGCUCGGUGAGGUGCUGCACAUCUCCAGCGACGACGCAGCGAAGGAAGUUCUUCCAGUUAACAGGAAUCUUGGUAUUAUUGUCCACCCGGAGAUGAUCCUCGGUUCUGUCGUGAUUGUGCCUUAG